AUGGAAUCCUCUGAAAACCCUAAUAAUCAAGAAACAACUAUAAAUGAAAAUAAGGUUGAAAUAACCGAAAUAAUUAGAACUUCGACUACCUCCGAUAGUGGAGAAGAGUCUUCGGAUAAAGGUUCUCCUGUAAAAAUUUCACAUUCAGAUGCUGAAGAAAAUAUUGUAGUAGUUAUUAAGGAGGGAGAGACCGUUACAGAUAAUGAAGUGAUAACUGAUGAGAUUAAUAAUACUAUUCAAAUUCCUGUACUUGAAAAUGUAACUCCAAAUCCUGUAGAUAAUUUACCAGCUGGAGUUUCUGAUGAUGAUAAACAAGAUGAAGCCUCUAAUUUAAUUGUCAACUCUACUGUAGAAGAUAAAGGAGUAGAAAAUACUGAAACGAUAAGUAACGAUGAAGAAGAUUUCGAAAUUAAAUCCGAUGGCAAGGGCAAUGAUAUCAAUAGUGGAAACAUCGGAAAUCAUGAUGAGAAUUCCAUUGUAUUUCCUGCUACGAAUGAUACCGAAGAAGGCUCAGUCAAUAUGGUUCAUCAUGAGAGGGGAAAUCAUAUUUCAACUCAAACAAUUGUUGGUCAAACCAACGUUUUAAGUGAGGAAGAAACUCGGCUAAAUGAUGAUCCUAAUAAUGAAGAGAAUCAAAAUAUUGAUCUUCAAGAUAAUGCCAACUCUGACAUUUCAAAUUUGUCCGGAAAUAAAAUCAAACAAACCGAGAAAGUACCCUUUAAAGGAUACGAGGAAAUUGACGAGUCUAAUACCAAUGAUUCAACAGAUAUAACACAGCCCAAGGAUUUUAAGGAUUAUGAUUCUGACAAUGAACAUAAAAACAAAUCUGAAACUACGAAUACAUCAAACGAAUCUAUUGAUCAAGAAAAUCCUUUACCUAAGCAAAAACUUACUGAAACGGAUACAUUUGAUUCAGGAAACCCAUUUAACGACUAUCAAAGUUCUUUUUCAAAACCUCAAGAUGCUAGACAUAAAAUACAAGUCGUAAGACCUGUACGAGGCUUCAAUCCCGAUCAUACGAGUUUAGAACCAAAAAAAACCUUCAGGGAUGAAGUAUUUCAAGCACAAAGAAACGAAUAUGACGUUGAUUACGAUGAUCCACAACCCGAGAAUGAUAACACCACAGGUAGAAGAUCUACAGAAAGAAAAGGUGGUGAUAAUUCGGGUUCAAAAUCGAAGAGUAAAAAGGAUAAUGACGUUGAUUCUGAUGGUUCACAACGCGAGAACGAUAACAUCUCAGGUAGUAGAUUAGCAGAAAGAAAAGGUGGUGAUAAUUCGGGUUCAGAAUCGAAGAGUAAAGAGGAAAUUGACGUUGACUACGAUAAUCCACAACCCGAAAAUGAUAACACCACAGAUAGAAGAUCAGCAGAAAGAAAAGAUGAUGAUAAUUCGGGUUCAAAAUCGAAGAAUAAAAAGGAUAAUGACGUUGAUUCUGAUGGUUCACAACGCGAUGAUGAUGUUAAAACCACAGGUAGAAGAAGGUUAUCAGAAGGAAAAGAUGGUGAUAAUUCAGGUGCAGAAUCCAUUAAUCAAAUUAAACCUGCGGAUGUAUUUCAAGUACCAAUUACAUCAACUCAUCAACGGAAGAGUAAUAAGGAUGGCAGUGAUAACACCACAGGAAGAAGUUCAAUAGGAUUAAAAGAUGACCAUAAUUCGAAUUCACAAAAUAACUUUCAUGGUUCACGACGCAAUGAUGAAACCAAUCAACGCAAUAAAAAUACUCAAUCGCUUUCACAGUCCAAUCUUUAUGAAAAUCGAAAAUUUGGAUAUGGGAACCUCGAAGAAGAUCCUAGACAAUUUCGUGAGAAUCCUAGGAAAUUUAUUGAUAAAGAACGUUAUCAAGGGUCAAAACAUGAAGACUUACAUUAUGAGAAGGGGCCCGUGCCCGGUGGAUCCGAUAAAAAUGAUGGUUCGCAUUCAGGUGAUAAAGGAUCAGGCAGUCGACUUUACAGUAAUGUUCAUAUGCCUGCUUGA